AGAGGAGGUUUGACCGAAAAUACAACAGGAGAAGAAACUAGAUUUUCAAAGUCACAAACUAACCAGGAAGAUAGAAGCACUGGCCGGCCAGGGCAAGGCAGAGGAACAAGCACGGGGUUACGCAAGUAGGAGGAAAUUGACAAUCAAGGAAGGGGAUUAGUGUAUAUACUGUAUGACAUGGGGAUCAAGAAAGCCAAGAGGAGUGCUUCUGCAACAUCGCCCUGUGCCCAUCUCAGAACUGCAUACCACCAAUGCUUCAACAGGUGGUACUCGGAAAAGCUCUUGAAGGGCCAGUGGGACAAAGAUGAAUGUGUUUCCGAGUGGCAGAAAUACAGAGUUUGCCUUUCUCACCAUUUAGAAGAUGAGAAUUUGAGCCGCUUCCUCAAAGCCGAAGCUAUGAUCUAUCCUCCUGUCGACCCAGAUGAUGCCACCACUUCCUAGUAAUAUUAUAACCAUUUAUAGGCCUUCCGUCAAAUCUUUUUUUACUGUACUUGUCGUUGUUAA